AUGCUGACCCCCUCCGCCGGCAUCCUGCCGUCGCCUCCCUCCCCCUCCGCUGCUAGAUGCCUGCCCGUCCCCAGAGCCGCCGCCUCCCCCUCCCCCUCCCCCUCCAAGCGCUCCACGCCGCUACCUACCACCAGCCUCCCGCCCGAGACCUCCCAACUCACCCGCCCCUUCACGCCCUACCCGGAAGCAGCGGAAGACCCCCUCGUCUCCAAGCUCCGCACCCUCGGCGUCAUCCACCCGCUCCCCGCGCCCCCCGUCAGCCGCUCCGUCGUCGCCCUCUUCUUCUUCGUCGGCGCCGCCUUCGACAAGCUCUGGACGCUGCGCAAGCGCCGCCGCGCCGAGCGCGAGCUCAAGAUCAACGGCUCAUGGCCGCAGGUCCCCACCUCCAGCUUCUCCCUCUUCCUCGAGGACAAGGACCUCCAGCGCAAGGAGUCCGUCGAGUGGGUCAACAUGGUCCUCGGCAAGCUAUGGAAGGUCUACCGCACAGGAAUCGAGAACUGGAUCGUCGGCCUGCUCCAGCCAGUCAUCGACAACCUCCACAAGCCCGAUUACGUCAACAGGGUCGAGAUCAGGCAGUUCUACCUCGGCGAGGAACCGCUCUCCGUCAGGAAUGUCGAGCGCCGGACCUCAAGGCGGGCCAACGACCUGCAGUACCAAAUAGGCAUUCGCUAUGCCGGUGGAGCACGCAUGGCUCUGGCGCUCUCCCUAAAGUUUACAAAAGUACCAGUCGUCGUGCCAGUUUGGGUUCGAGAUUUCGACAUUGAUGGGGAGUUGUGGGUUAAGCUAAGGCUCAUACCAACAGAACCAUGGGUGGGAGCUGUAUCUUGGGCUUUUGUAUCCCUUCCAAAGAUUAAGUUUGAGCUGUCACUGUUCCGCCUAUUCAAUCUUAUGGCUAUUCCUGUUCUGUCAAUCAAUUACUAUUGGCGCAUUUAUUCUCCUUGUAAUUGGUUUCUCACAAAACUUCUGACAGAAGAUUUGCCACGUCUCUUUGUGCGGCCCAAGAAGAUAGUCCUAGAUUUUCAGCAGGGAAGAGCUAUGGGACCUGUUUCAGGAAGUGUUGCAAGUGACAUAAUUCAAGAUGGAAACAAGGACUUUGUUGGAGAACUAUCAGUGACGCUAGUUGAUGCUAGAAAGCUUAGUUUCGUCCUAUUUGGCAAGACAGACCCUUAUGUUGUCAUGAUUCUUGGUGACCAAGUCAUAAAGAGCAAGAAGAACAGUCAAACAACUGUGAUUGGGCUACCAGGAGAACCAAUUUGGAAUCAAGAUUUUCAUCUGCUUGUAGGAAAUCCUCGCAAACAGAAGUUGACCAUUCAAGUGAAGGAUUCAAUUGGUCUAACUGACAUCACUAUUGGCACUGGGGAGGUUGAGUUGGGGUCACUUAAAGAUACAGUUCCGACUGACAAAAUUGUAACUUUAUAUGGCGGGUGGGGCUUGUUCGGGAAACGAACAGCUGGGGAAGUGCUACUUCGGCUGACAUACAAGGCAUACGUCGAGGACGAGGAAGAUGAGGCGGUGCGAAGCGAGUUUGCUGGCGGUUACGUCUCAGACGAGGAUGUGCUGGAUUAUGUCCAAGGUGACAUGAGUAAGGGCAGCGACUUUUUGGGUAAAGAAAGAGAAACAUUCAUGGAUCUGCUUGCUGCACUGCUUGUCAGUGAGGAAUUCCAAGGUAUAGUGUCUUCGGAAACGGGAAGCUCAAGAGAUCCUGAGCAGGCGGGCAGUGGAUCUGGAAGCACUAACAGCAUAGUCUCUCCUGCGGCAGCUGAUGCUGAGACUGUAUCUAAUAGCUCCACAGAUAAUACGGCUCUAGUGUGGCUCGCGGCCAUAACAAGUGUGAUGGUGCUCGUGUCCUCCAACUUUGGUGCUUCAGGCUACUUCAACCCUUGAAGCCAGCCAUCAUGAUUAAUGGUCGUUGGAGCAGCUUAGAUUAGCUUAGCAAAGCAAUCCAUCCAUCCGGCUUCAAUUUUCUAACACUACUGCUCUGCUUGGUUGUAAUUUAGCGUUCCAUUAUGAGCUGAGUUGAGCUGAGUGGUUGUACAUGGCCAUGAGAAAUCAUGUUUCUUCUCUCUCUUUUCCCCCACAUCCUUCCGGCAAGUGUAUAUUCAUCCCAUAUAGCAGAGGAAUGCAAUGGACCGGACCCAAUGGGUUGUUGGCGGCUCCC